AAUCAUUCCAGAUUUCUCGGGGUUAUAGGACUUCCCAUGGAAGUUCUAAAAGACCGAGAUUAUCCGUUCCUAGUGAUUGCGCAUUUUAUGUUAUGUCCGCUGUGCAUGUGGAGAUCUGUGGAUAAUGGACGUUGGAUGGAGUCGGAAUCUUUUCCGUUUCACUGGCUGAAGAUAUAUGCGUGGAUUGGAAGUAUCGUGCUGCUGUAAGCGCUAGAUGAUGAUGCGGAGUUAAGAGGUACUCCUAUGUGGUUACUAAAACUAUAUAAAGUGACUCUUAAAGAACUCUUAUUGCUUAAAGGUUUGUCUAAUACUCCAAUAGACUCACUUCACAAUAGCACGGUAUAGAUAGGUUCAUCCAGUCCAUCACAUCGAAUCAAGUCACAUGACAUCCACAACCAUGGAAGCAAUCAAGGAACUCUCCCUCACAACUGGCACAGCCAUAAUGGACGUCGUCUUUCCCACCACCAAAAUUAUGGUUCCCAAUCUCCUAAAGAAUAAAAGCUCUAUCCUCUCCGUCCCCCGCAGCACCCACUCAUAUGGUUCCCAUCCACGCCACACCCUCGACCUCUACCCCUCUAGCAGCACUUCCAGUUCCUCCCCCAUACUAAUUUACCUCUACGGCGGUGGUCUCGUCUACGGCGACAAAAUCCUCGAUAUACCAGUACUGGAGAACCUCGUAUAUCACAACCUCGGCGCCUUUUUCGCCAAACGAGGUAUCACAACCAUUAUUCCCGACUAUCGACGCGUGGACACCGAAGCCGGUGGGGAAGGAGCCAUCUACCCUAGCGGAGCGGAAGAUAUAUCCACUGUCCUCCAAUGGCUCUCCAAAACCGACCUACUAGAUGGCAAAGGAAAUAAAAGAGAUGUAUAUCUGAUGGGUAAUUCAGCAGGAGGCCUUCAUAUCGCCACGUAUCUUCUCGAACCACGAUAUCUAGAGGAGAGAAAAUCGUGGCAGGGAGAAUCCAAUGUGUCAUUGAAAGGAUUUGUUGGAGUCGGAGUUCCGUAUAAUUUUGAUGGAGCCCUGGCUGAUCGAAAAGAGACGUUAGAUCGGUACUAUGGGAGUGAUGAGAAUAUCGAAACGAAAAGUCCCUAUGGGUUAUUGAAAGUAGUAGGAGAAAGUAAGAAAUCAAGAGACGAAUUGGGAAUUCCGAAAUUAUUGGUUUUGUAUUCGGAGUGGGACCCUGUGGAUGAGAUUCUAAAGUCCAACCAUGAUUUUGUGAAGUUGGCAGAGGAGGCUUGGGGCGAGAAGAUUGAGGUUAUUGAGAUUCAAGGCCAUAAUCAUAUUAGUCCACCAAUGGCUUUGAGUAGUGGAGAAGGGGAGGAAUGGGGCGAGCAGGCGGCAAGAUGGAUCAAAGGCAAUGCUUAAAUUUUUGUGAAAACUACAGGUAUAUCCGUUUUGUCUGAAAUAGUUCUUCAUUGGCGAUAGGGAGGGCCCUUGACGUUGGGCACUUAGCGUAAUAUAUGCAAGAUUUUCCGAAAAUAU